GCCAAAAACACAGCGACCUCGGGUAUUUCUGUGUCACUGAUUUACUUACUGCCCCAAGUGUGCCUUCCCUUUCGUUGUUGUGCCUUCCAUUUCGAGGACAACCAACAAGACGCACCUGCCAUUUUAUCCAAGAUGGAUCCUCGCGAGUUAAUUGCUCGUUUCCAUCCCCCUCAAUUUCUCUCUUCCUUUUUCUCCUCCCUGCAUUCUUCGUAUAAUAAUACAUCAAUCCCGGUAUUGGGCGCUUCCACACUCUUUUGCACUAUUAUUGUCUACACUAUCGCUAAAAUGUUCGGUCCCGCAUCCCGAAACGAGUUCAAUGUCGAGGGACAGACCGUGGUAAUCACCGGUGGCUCCGAAGGCAUGGGGAAAGCUGUCGCACUUGAGCUAUCCGCGAAAGGUGCAAACGUUGUCGUGGUUGCGCGCACUGUCUCCAAGCUGGUGACUGCCGUCAAUGAGAUGAAGACCAAGGCAGCGAAUAAAUUCAAGCAGAAAUUCCAUUAUAUCAGCGCCGAUCUCACUGAUCCCGCCGAGUGCGAAAGAGUCAUCGCAGAAGUCACAACCUGGAAUUCCGGAGCUGCUCCUGAUGUUGUUUGGUGCUGCGCCGGCUUCUCCCGUCCAGGAUUCUUCAUCGAUGUGCCCAUUCAAGAGCAUCGACAGCAAAUGGACACAGUCUAUUGGACUGCCGCCAACACAGCUCAUGCCACCCUGCGCAACUGGCUGGAGCCCGUUCUUCCGAGUGCACAGAUGAAAACAACCCGGAGACAUCUGAUUUUCACGUGCUCUACCCUUGCAUUCGUUCCCAUCACUGGCUAUUCGCCGUACUCGCCUGGCAAGGCAGCCAUUCGUUCUCUAUCCGAUACUUUGAGCCAGGAAAUCGAAAUGUACAAUGGAGCCUACAAACGGCACCGCGGUGCCGCCCCGGCUGCGGAUGUCAGGAUCCACACCGUUUUCCCUAUGGGCAUCCUAUCGCCCGGCUUUGACAACGAGGAAAAGACCAAGCCUGAGUUGACCAAGAAACUCGAAGAAGCCGAUAAGCCCCAGGCGCCAGCGGACGUCGCGAAGAUCGCUAUCAGUGCCUUGGAGCGUGGAGAGUACCUGAUCACUACCAAUUUUAUUGGUUCCAUGAUGAAAGGCACCUCCCUUGGGGCUAGCCCGAAAAAUAGCAUUGUCGGUGACACUCUGCUCAGCUGCCUCAGCCACCUGGUAUUUCUCCAGGUCAUUCCGGACCUACGCAACAAGGCGUUCACUUGGGGAAAGCGGAACGGGCUUCCAAGUGCCAACGGUACUCCGGCUUCGUAA